ACUUUUGUUCGAUACAGCUGCUAGAAAAGGCAGAAGCUCGUGAAAGAGAGAGGGAAAAAGAAGAAGCUCGCAAAAUGAAGCGGAAAGAGUCUGCCUUCAAGAGCAUGUUGAAGCAGGCUACACCUCCAAUUGAACUGGACGCUGUCUGGGAAGAUAUCAGAGAGAGGUUUGUGAAGGAACCAGCAUUCGAAGACAUCACUCUGGAGUCUGAAAGAAAAAGAAUAUUUAAAGAUUUCAUGCAUGUACUAGAGCACGAGUGUCAGCAUCAUCACUCAAAGAACAAGAAACAUUCUAAAAAGUCUAAAAAACAUCACAGGAAGCGAUCACGUUCUCGUUCGGGCUCCGAGUCUGAGGAUGAUGAUAGCCAUUCCAAGAAGAAAAGGCAGCGCUCAGAAUCCAGAUCAGUUUCUGAGCGUUCUUCCAGUGCAGAAUCUGAGAGAAGUUACAAGAAGUCAAAAAAACACAAGAAAAAGAGCAAGAAGAGAAGGCAUAAGUCCGAUUCGCCAGAAUCAGAUCUCGAACGAGAAAAAGACAAAAAAGAAAGAGAGAGAGAAAGCGAAAAGGAUAGAGCUAGACAAAGAUCUGAAUCCAAACAUAAAUCUCCUACUAAAAAACGACCUGGAAAAGAUUCUGGCAACUGGGACACUUCUGGCAGUGAACUGAGCGAAGGGGAGCUGGAAAAACAGAGGAGGACUCUUUUGGAACAACUGGAUGAAGAUCAAUGAGAACAUUAUUUAUACCAAAUAUGUUUACAUGGUGGCAUAAUAAAAGAAACCAAUGUCUAAUUCAGGA